AUGCGACGAAUUGAGCGUCUGAGUCGUAAUUUUGGUCUCAUUUUCUCCGACUUAUCGUUCGCAGCAGAGGAGAUUGCAGCCCUCCCCUCUACUUCCACUUCCUCCUGCAGAUUGGACGUCUCUGCUCUUCUGGAUACGCUUAAAAAACUUCAAGAAGCUCUUAAUACCCUUACUGAGGGUCAUCUCAGUACUAACUCGAUCGGCCAAAUGAACGCAGUCUUUGAGGAGCUUCAAGAUGCACAAUUAUGGCAAAAUGUUUUUGAUUGCUCCUCAGCCAGCUCGGAGGAAUGGAAGCUGGUUCGGAAUUUGCGCAAUUCAUUUCAUGAGCUUAUUGAAGCGAAACUUCUUUGA